AGAAUAACAGUUCCAGGCAGCCCCAGCUGGCUACAGCCAAGACUUGUUUAAAGGAUGAGAUGUAUCUGGCUUUAAGACAUGGGAUCAGUGCAAGGGCAGAUUGUUCGUGUCUCUGGAGAAUCCAGAUGGGUUAAGAGUUAAAGUCCUCAGGAUCACUCACUUUAUAUGUGAGUGAGUGCUAAGUAAAACAACAGCCAGGCAGAGACAGUGAAGGAGGCAGACUGACUGUCUCUUCCCAGUUCUUGAAUAGCCCCAAUUUGACUCUCCCAGGAGGAAAGUUUCAUCCCUUCUCUGCAGAAGCUGUGAAUGUUUUUUUCCAAACAUGAAGGUGUUAAUGUUCAUUUUAGUGGUGUUGAUGGGAAGUUUUCAAGUUUUUUCCAGUCCUUUCCAAGCGGUUAAUUGCCUUUGGCAUCCCUAUGAGUCCUGGUCAGAAUGUGAUGGCUGCACAAAGACUCAGAUUCGAAGGCGGCACAUAGCGGUUUAUGGGCAAUAUGGUGGCCAGCCAUGUGUUGGGGCUGCUUUUGAAACACAAGCAUGUGUGCCUACAAGGGGGUGCCCAGCAGAAGAUGGCUGUGGAGAGCUUUUCAGGUGUUCCUCAGGUCAGUGUCUUAGCAAAUCAUUGGUUUGUAAUAGAGACCGAGACUGUGAAGAUGGCAGUGAUGAAGAUCAAUGUGAGCUCCCUGAAGGCAAACCUUUGUGUGACAUUGAUAGACCUCCUCCUCACAUAGAAUGUACUGGAGCAGGGUUUAAUGUGCUAACCGGCCAGAUUAAGGACACAGUUUUCAACACAAAAAGUUUUGGUGGUCAGUGUAGAAAGGUGUUCAGUGGUGAUCAGAAAGAAUACUACCGGCUGAAUGCAAAUGUCCUCUCCUACACAUUUCAGGUGAAAGUAGAUAAUGAUUUCAGUUAUGAAUUUUACAAUAGUAGUUGGUCUUAUAUCAAACAUAAGGAGACUCAUUUUACAUCAAAUAGUGGAUACAGGCACGACUCAAGUAAAAACGAAAACCAAAAUGAAAAGAGUUAUCAACUGAUGGUUAUCCAGAACAGUGUUGAAGUAGCUCAGUUCAUUAACAACCAACCAGAAUUUUUAAAUCUUGCUGAACUCUUUUGGAAAGAUCUCUUACACCUCCCUUCUCUAUAUGACUAUAGUUCAUAUCGAAGGAUAAUUGAAUUGUAUGGGACUCAUUAUCUGCAGUCUGGGUCCCUAGGAGGAGAGUACAAAGUUCUCUUUUAUAUAGACACGGACAAAAUGAAGCAACAUGAUUUUAGCUUUCUUGCCAUGAAGGAAUGUACCUCACGAAACUUGAAUCUUUUCUUUGUUAAAAUAUCUAAGCAGAAAUGCAAAGAACUUAUUGAGUUAUUAAAGUUGACUUCAGGAACGAAAGACAACUUGCUCCGUGGUAAUGCAGUUGUCCAGGGAGGAAGCUCAGCUUUGGUAGCUGGUCUUAGUUAUAUAAAUGUAGAUGAUCCUGCUGGAAAUAGAGCCCGGUAUGCUUCAUGGGCUGCAACUGUGGGACGGUAUCCCAAGAUAAUAAAACAAAAGCUCACACCUCUAUAUGAGCUCGUGAAGGAGGUUCCCUGUGCGUCUGUCAAAAGGCUAUAUCUGAAAAGAGCCAUUGAGGAGUAUCUGGCAGAAUUCGACCCUUGCCAUUGCAGGCCUUGUAAAAAUGGUGGCCUGGCAGUAGUUGUGGGAACCCAGUGCCAGUGCCACUGCAAACCUUACACAUUUGGUGCUGCAUGUGAGCAUGGAUUCCUUGUGGAAAGUCAGGAAGGAAUUGUUGAUGGAAGAUGGAGUUGCUGGUCUCCUUGGAGUACUUGUAUGGCAGGGAGGAAAGAAAGGAGACGAAGCUGUGAUAAUCCACGUCCUAGUGGAGGUGGCAAAUCCUGUAUUGGAGAAGCAUUUGAAACACAACCUUGCCAAAAUGAAGAGUUGGAGCAUUUUCGCUUGAUAGAACCACAUUGCUUUGAUAUGUCUGGAGUCCCCACAACUUCCUGCCCAUCACCACCUCCCUUGGAAAAUGGAUUUGUUCAAGAUACAGGUCCAUCGUUUCCAGUUGGAAGAAGUGUGGUUUAUACAUGCCAGGAGGGAUAUGCUCUUGCUGGGGACCCUGUUGCCAAAUGUGGAGAAGAUUUAACUUGGCUUAUUGGGGAAAAACAUUGCCAGAAAAUAGGUUGUGUCUUGCCUGCCUUGGAAAAAGGUCUCCAAAGUGAUCCUAAGAAACCUUUCUAUGAGGUUGGAGAGAAGGUGACCUUGGCCUGCUCAGGAAGCAUGAUAUUGGAAGGCCCAUCUCUAUUCUCAUGUGGCUCCAGUCUAAAGUGGUGGCCUGAUAUGAAUUCUCAUUGCAGAUUAAAGGAGGGCACUGAGAAACCAGUAUUAACAACACAGCCAUGCCAACCCUGGGAGAAGCUGCAGAACUCUAGAUGUGUUUGUAAAAUGCCUUAUGAAUGUGGACCUUCUUUGGAUAUCUGUGCUCAAGAUGGGAGAACAAAAAGGGUUGUAGCUCUGACAGUUUGCAAACUCCGUGUACUUGAGUGUAUGGGGAGGAGUUAUGCCCUUACUGAUAGCGGGAGCUGCACUCUACCUACUCUAGCUGAGAGAACAUGUGGUACAUGUUCUGUGUGGGAAAAAUGCGAUGCUCAGAUAAAUAAAUGUGUAUGCCAAGAAUCAGCAGCAAAUUGUGUCGAAGAAGGACUCAACAUUUGUGUGGAAGUGAAUGGGAGUGAAGAGACCAUGACUGAAUGUAAGGCUGGUGUCCUCAGAUGCCAAGGCCUCAGCAUUUCAGUUAUCGGCACAAAGCCAUGUGGUGCAAAGAGCAAAUAGGUGCCAUUGACUUGCUCGGUGUUUAGCCUGAGACCUCUCCCAGCCUUUUCUGUAUCUGUUUAAUUUGGGUAGCCUUUCAGAUGUAAAGCUAUGUUCUACCUCUCUUGCCCAUUCUUUCUCCCUGCUGUGCCACCCAUCAUCCCAGCCACAGAUAUAUCACAAAUAUUUCAUUUUCCAGAAUA